CCCCGGGCGGCUGGGGGGGCCCGCGGCAGGAGGCCCUGCCGGGCGCGCAGCUGAAGCACAAGCCCCGAAGCCUUUCUAAUAGCCAGCUGAAGCGCCUGGCUGCCCUGGUGGAUCUCAAGCGCCUCUGGAAUACUUCCCUGCAGCCCAUGCUGAUUGAGCGGUACCCUGGCAGUCCUGGGAACCAGAGGGUCCGGCAGUUCAUCACAGAGAGGAUGCAUUCACUUGCGGCUUCCUGGCAUGUAGAGCUGGACUCUUUCAAGGCUCAGGCCCCGCACGGGCCUGUAGACUUCGCCAACGUGGUGGCCACGCUGGACCCUGCGGCCACCUGGCGCCUGGUGCUUGCCUGCCACUACGACUCCAAGUACUUUCCCCACGACAGGCACGGCCAGGCCUUCGUGGGCGCCUCGGACUCGGCUGUGCCCUGCGCGAUGCUGCUGGAGCUGGUGACGGCGCUGGACAGGGAGCUGCUGGAGGCCAAGGAGCAGGGUUCGCAGGUGACACUGCAGCUGCUGUUCUUCGACGGGGAAGAAGCGUUCAAGGACUGGAGUGCGACGGACUCUCUCUACGGGUCGCGGCACUUGGCCGAGCGCUUGGCCACGUCCCUGCACCGCUCAGGCCUCACCGAGCUCCAGGCGAUCUCCCUGUUUGUUCUGCUGGAUCUUCUGGGAGCCCGGCAGCCCAUGUUCCAGAACCAUUUCCCCGAGACGGCCAACUGGUUCCAAAGACUUCUUGGCAUCGAGAAGCGGCUGCACCGGCUGGGCCUCCUGCAGUCCCACCCCCAGGAGCAGCUGUAUUUCCAGAGGGAUUCCUUCUACAGCCACGUGGAAGACGACCAUGUGCCAUUCCUCCGGAAAGGUGUGCCCAUCCUGCACCUCAUCGCCACGCCCUUCCCCGAGGUCUGGCACACGAUGAGGGACACCGAGGAGAACCUGCACCCGCCCACGGUGGAGAACCUCUGCAGGAUCCUGGCUGCCUUCCUGGCGGAGUACCUGUGGCUGUAGCGGGGGGGCCCCCACGACAGGCGUCCGUCCUGCAAGAACGGGGCGGCCGCCUGCCCCAGACGCAGCUCGGGGCCCCGGCGGAGGCGUUGGCCUGGGAGCCGCGGGAAAUGCGGCGGCCCCCGCCACCACCGAGCCGUGCGGUUUCGUCCAAGUGUUAGAACUGGGAAUCGUGAGCAGCUGCCAGGGCGGACCACAGCGAGUCCGUCCCUCCGUCCCUCCGUCCCUCCGUCCAUCCCUCUGUCCGUCCGUCCCUCCGUCCGUCCAAAGGGAUGCAAAGUAAGCAGGGCAGGGAAGCUUAUCAGGGCCUUCCUUCCUCUCUAAGGGCUUUUCUGGGGGGGGGGGGGGGCCAAGCCACUUUCACUCCUCAUUGGCCUCUUCAGGGGGAGGGGGGCUCAUAGUGGACAUGUGGGACCCUCCCUGGUUGGCCGGGCCCCAACACCCACUCCAUGAAGUGUGUUAAGGACAUCGUGGCCUCGAGCCGCGUGGGAGACCAAGCGCAGGCGAACGGCCGCCUGUUUCCGAGAGCCAUUGGAAAUGCGGCUUCGCCCAAGCAUUCCCCAGGACCCACUCACCUGAGCCUCUUGUUGCAGCCGCUUUGAUCGGCGUGGGGGUCCCCUCAGCCCCCUCCUCCACCCCAUUGUGGACCCUGCUGAACGGGUCUCUCUUCGUAUUUAUGGCCAGGUCCGCAGGCCGGGAGGACGCCUGCGUGGAGAACGCUCUCGGGGGCGAGGCCCACGGACGUGUCUCUCGCCGGCCACGUAUUGCUUGUCCGGCUGGGCCUGGCGAAAACUGGGACCCAGGAAGCACCCACGCUUCCUCAGCCAGGUCUGAAUGGGUCCCAUUAUAAUGCUUUGUUAUUUAAGUGGACCAAUCCUGCAAGUUUUUACUUGCAUAUCAAUGACGAACAUAUCAAGGGGAGAGAGUCCAGCUGCAUUCACUUUCUUCUACUGGAAAAUUAUUGCUCCCUCCCUCCAAAUUUUAGGAAUGUUUUCCUCUCCCUAUGUGAAGUGGUCAAAUUCUUUUUUCCACUUCAAGCUCUGAUGCAGUUUCUCCUGCAUUAUGGACCCCUCCCCGACCUGAAGGCUUAAUGAGCAAAUAUUUCAAUAAAACCUUGACAA